GGCGUGACGGUGAUGGUGGUGGGGGUGUGGUGCGUGGCGGGGGAUGGGCGUGACGUCAUGCUAGCCCUGGCGCCCACACCCGCCCAUAUGCCCACUCUCAUCCACCUGGCGUACGGACUGGUGGGCGCGGGGGGCGUGGUGCUCCUGACCUCCGUGCUGGGCGUGUGGGCGGCCUUCAAGGAAAACCAGUGUGGACUUGGAUUGUACGUGACGUUGGUGGUGAUGGUGAUUGCUGGAGAGGUGACGGUGGGGAUCAUGGGAGUCUUAUAUCAGAUCAAAGUGGUGGAGAACAUGGCAGCCUCCCUCACUGCUCGCCUCAGGACUCACUAUGCCUCACCUGGCCAUGAAACCUUUACCUUGGCCAUCGAUUACGUCCAGUACCAGCUGCAGUGUUGUGGUGUGGGCGGCCCUAGCGACUGGGCGGAGUCUCUGUGGCGCGUUGAAAGUAUGGGCGGACCUGGGAGGGAAGUACCUCUCACCUGCUGCACCCUACACCCCGCCCACGCUGCCCACAUCAACCCACGACCCAUCAACAUGACCCUAUGCCAGAGUACCAAGCCCGCCUCUCAUCAAGUAGCCAGGAACCAGCAGGGCUGCGUGGGUCGUGUGAUGGGCUGGGUGCAGGCUCAAAGCGGCAUCAUUACGGGCGUGGGUGUGGGUGUAGGCGUGCUGGAGGUGGCUGGUUUAGUGGCUGCUGCUUCUCUCUGCCGCGCCAUCAAAUCCCUACAGGACUAGCGACACGCCACCACGCCCACUCUCACCCACAACACCAACCUCAACCACCAGGGCAGCAAGUCCAAGACCAACUCCUCGUCCAAGCCUCGCCAGCAAGUCCAGAAGACCAAGGAACGCUGUGCCCCAGAAGUCCCCUCGCAAAUCCAAGAUGGCUUCAGCUUCAGCAGGAGUGAGAAUGCACGUGGGCGUGGUCAGUCCCGUCGUCCUGGUAGGCGGAGUUUGGGCGACGUGGAAGAACUGACCCGUAUGGAGAAGAUCUUGGAUGAGUGGACUCCAUACGCCUCCCUGGACCACGUCGGGGCGUCCAAUUGGCGGACUCCUGGACGUGGUGGGCGUAGGGGUAGUGGGCGUGGUGGUAGUGGGCGUGGUGGUGGCAGGGACAAUUGUCACAUCAGUGAAGAAUUAAGUGUUGGCAGGCGAAAAACUGGUGUUGGUGGUAGUUACAAAGAUGAAAGUAGUGGACGUGGUGGUGGCACUGACAGGCAUCGUCAUACCGGUCGUGGUGGUUAUAGAACAGGAGACGAACUGAGAACACUAGGAAAGAGAGACAACAAAGAGACAUACAACGAGGACAGGAACGAGGACAGCGGCUUCAGAAGAGACCCUAACACGUCCUCGUGGCGGUUCAGACAAGACAACAUAGCCAGAAUGACGAAGGAGAAGAAAGGUAAACAAGGUGGUGUUGAGGGACGAGUAGUGAGGAAGAAGGAGGAGAGACUCAACACCCUCAAAGCCUCAAGUAACAACACCUUCAGGAAUAACUGGCUGACGGAGGCAAGUGUAAAGAACUUCGACGAUUUCCACAGCGAUGAUUUCACAGAAAUUAACCGCAGAGAUAAGAAAUUCAUCGUUAAUCUGGGAAAUUUAUCCAGCGAUGGUUUUAUGGAGAUGACGCCUCGGGAGAGAAAGAUCACCAGAAGUCUUGGAGAUUUACGUAGCGAUGACUUUAAGGAGAUGAACGCUAGAGAUAAGAUGUUAAGCGUUACUACUCAGACUCCUUCGUCGAUGUCUCUCAAGAAAGCUUCAGCCUCUAGCGUCGACACAAGAGACUCCUCGUACUCAUGGGUGUCAGGAAGCAUCCAGGAAGAAGAGGAGGAAGAGGAGGAGGAAGAAGAAGAAAGAAGAAGAGGAAUAAUAAGAAGGAGAGAAGAUGACGAAGAGGAUGAGGACUUUGGUUAUGUGAAACGAGGGAUUAGAUUCUGGGAUGGAGAACGAAGGAGAAGAGAAGAUGAACGAGAGAGGAAAAUCCGUAUAGCGAAAUGGAGACAGAAAGAGGAAGAGAAACGAGUGAGAGAAGAAGAGUGGAUAUAUAAAGAGGAAGACACGGUGUGGGUAGCCAAAGCGGACAAAAACAUACGAAUGAAGAACCAGAAAGAGAGAAAACUGGAAGAGGAGAGGAAGAACGCAGGAGAACGGAAUAAGAGCGGAAGAGAAACGAGAGAACGGAUAUACACAACAAGAAAAGGUUUGCAGAGUCAAGGAAAUUAUUGGCGAAUAGGGUAUGGCGAUAAGGGGAUAAACAAGGAACUGAGAGUGGUAAGAAUAAGUGACGAACAGAUGACGAGUUUCUGAGUGACGUCAUAUGUUUAUUGGUCGCUUAUAAACUGUUAUCAUCCUCAAGUAAUUAUACGUUUUACCUCAAUAAUCUCACUUUAUCGUGUACUAUUACGUAACAAAAUUAAAUAUAGUACCUAAUCUCCGCUACAUCAUGAUUAAAAAUUAAUCUAUUUGGCCUACAUGGAGAUACAAUAAAUAAUCUACUUUUUACCACACGACAAAUAAUUACAUAAUUUCCCCUUUCUACAAUGUCAACUUAAUUCAUCAUUUACAAUAUUACACAACACAGGGCAACAGAAACAAUGGAAAUUAAGUAAAAACAAUAACAUAAUUUGUCUACAUUAAGCUGUACCCAAUACGGAAUCAAUCCCUCACUUGUCAUGUUUACACUGAUGCCUUCUGGGAGAUCGUCGGGUACUCGCUGCGCCAUCUAUGUUUACUGAGAUACUAAAACUCGGUAAGAUCUAUCACACGCCGAGUCUAAAAUGUAAAUUCGAUACUUGAGAAUUUUCAUGGCACAUCUGGUCGGAGGUAACUGCUGUAUGUUGGCUUUUCUGUGUCUGUCUGUCUUUCUCCUGCGUCAAUUUAUGUGUGUGAGCAUUAGUCAGAACGUCGGACAUUUUUAAAACAAUUAAAUUUCCCACAAUGCACCAAGUAGUAAAUAAACACGGCAUCAUUAACUCAUAGUGGUAUUAAGUAAUUUUAUCGUCUAUGAUGAUAUACUUAAGAAUAGAUAAGAAUUAAGUAUAUGUAAGUUAUAAUGUAAGUUAGGGUAUAUUUACAGUACUUACAAAAUAACAUAGGGAAUAUUUACUUACAAUAUGUAUCUUUAUGUAGGGGGAAUGCAUG